AAGAGGGGAAGGGAGUUACUCCACACGCACAGCUGUGUGCCAUAAUGUCCCCUAGUCUCGAUGUGCGCGUGAAAGCUUAUAACAUGUUUCAGCAGAGAGAGGGAGAGAGAAAGGGAGAAAGCAUUUUUCCUGUGAAAGAAAGGAAUGCAGAGAAAUGUCCUAAAUGGAUGGAAGUGGAUGUCCGUUACGCACAAGGACUCUAAUCUGUGGAUAUUACCAGCUGUGGACUGCAACAGCUGAGGAGAACGCGCACCACGCAGUAGCAGCAACAGAGAGGUCAACUGGGAGUCACUAUGGAAGCUGAAAGUGUUAUUCAACACAUUGAACUAGAUCCAGAGGCCACUUUGAUUCCUCUAUCGGUGACCGCUGACUGGCUGGACGACGGAAACGAGACGAUCGGGAAUCAGUUCCAGCAGCCGGACUGGCAGGUGGCUCUCUGGGCCAUAGCCUACUCCCUCAUCAUAAUGGUGUCUGUCACUGGAAACGUCACUGUGAUCUGGAUUAUCCUCGCCCACAGACGCAUGAGGACCGUUACCAAUUACUUCAUUGUCAAUUUGGCCUUUUCUGAUGUAUCCAUGGCAACCUUCAACACUCUUUUUAACUUUGUCUACGCGCUCCACAAUGACUGGUACUUUGGUCUGGGCUACUGCAGGUUUCAGAACUUCUUCCCCAUCACAGCGAUGUUCUCGUCGAUAUACUCGAUGGCUGCCAUUGCAGUGGACAGGUACAUGGCCAUCAUCCACCCUCUGAAACCUCGCCUCUCCUCCACCUCCACAAAGGUUGUGAUUGCUGGGAUCUGGAUUGUCGCCUUCUCUCUGGCUUUCCCUCAGUGUUAUUACAGCGUGACGAGAUUUUACUACCCCAGGACUGUGUGCCUGGUCGACUGGCCUGACGAUUAUGGAGGAACACAUCAACUAAGUUAUCAGUACGCAGUGAUAUUACUGAUCUACCUGCUCCCUCUGCUGGUGAUGCUGGUGACCUACAGUUUAGUCGGCCGAUCGCUGUGGGGAGGUCACAUCCCUGGAGAGGCAUCGGACCACUAUCACAGCCAGAUGACAGCAAAGAGAAAGGUGGUGAAGAUGAUGGUUGUUGUGGUGGUGACCUUUGCCCUCUGCUGGCUGCCCUACCACAUCUACUUUAUUCUGGGGUCGUUUAAUAGAGACAUUUACAAGCAACAGUACAUUCAGCAGGUUUAUCUGGCCAUAUUUUGGUUGGCUAUGAGUUCAACCAUGUAUAAUCCCAUUAUUUACUGCUGUCUAAAUAAAAGGUUUCGUGCUGGUUUCCGUCAAGCGUUUGCUUGGUGUCCCUUCAUUAAAGUGUCAGAAGAGGACAAGAAGGAGCUGCAGCACACAAACACCUUCAGAGUUACAGUGACACGCAGCCACCGCAGCGACGCUUCUUGCACACACGCACCCAUCAAAACCAACAGCACAAACACAGAUAGAUGUUUGUUCCCAGCAGAAAAGGCACACAUCUAGCCCACCCGACUCACAUUUGGCCAAGAACCUGGAUGAUAUGAGAGCCUCACCUGCCAAACAUACGGAGCACGGGCUCUGACUUCUGGAGAAUCAUGACAAGGACAUUCAAGAUGAAAAAGCUACAAUGCAACACACAUGCACACAUGCACACACACACGAAAAACAAGCAAACCUGCAGGUACUUGAAAGGCUUGCUGAAUAACAGAGUCAAAUGGACAAUUCAGGUGUGAAGAAGUCCUGAACCUGUAUGAAACUAUGAAGCUGAGGUUUUGCUCUUAAUAUCAAUGUGUUUAUUUUGGGGAAAAUACUGUAUCUGCUGUACUGAAAGCCUAAUCAUGACAUUGUGAAGUAUGCUGCUAAUAGAAAAGUCUAAAGAUUAAGCUGUUUUUCUUUUUCAUUACCAAUGCUUUUAUUCCCUUUCCUUGUCAACUUUGAGAUGUUGGUGUUUUAGCAACAAAAUUACAGUCACUGGUUCUCUUAUGCAGAGACUGGAAUAGUCCAGUGGCAUCAGCACAAAGCCUUUGAAGCAGCUGAUGUCUCAGUAGUUCAGAGCAGCAGUUCAGCUUCACUUUUAGCUGCUUCCACCAUAAAAGUCAAUGAGAAUGUAACAGUCAUUAAGCAUGGUGAAAGGACUAUUAUCCAGUACACUGCUGGAUGAUACCAAUACUGUCUCGUUAGCAUGUAUUGUUUACUGUGCAAUAGUAUUGCUUUCACAAACUACUCAGUGUAAAAUAGUAAAGUGUAAUGUAGUGUUGUGAUUUCACUUGUUUGAGCAUAAUCAUGACAAUAUAUUGAUAAAUUGGAAAUAUAAAUUUGGUAAUUAUGAUCAUGUUGUUUUAAAUAGCCAGUGAGCAUUAUGUUUACAGAAUCUUGAUGAAAGUUUAGAUUCACUGUACCGUAACCAUUUGAUUGUAAAGUAAAAGCAUGAAACUUCUGUUGUACACAUAAAGCAGCAUGUCCUUUUUUUUGGCAACCUACUCAAAGUCAAUAUCAAGCUUAAAUAAUGUAACAGUGGCAAUACAAUUUGACUUAAAAUAACAGCCAGCAUGCAUUUAUGAUAUAUGCAGCAGAGUUCCUGU